AUGCCGGCUCUCUUGGAUCUUAAAAUUCAUUUCGAUUUCGGCCUUCAUUGCGAAGGGGUAGAUGCGCGGGACUGGGACUGCGCUGUUCUCGUGGACUUUUCGACGCUACCGAAACUUUCCAGUCUGACUAUUUCCCACUUGUCGCUUGGUAACUUGAUUUUCCAUGGGAAAUCAGAAUCUGUAAAGACCUUGGAAAUAAUACAGUCAGAGAGUGAGUUGAGCGAUAAGUUGAGUGAUAUUCUCCGCGAAAUUGAAGCAGGACUGGAACAAAUUAUUGUGACCGACUCGUGGGCCAGGUGUCGAGCCCUAAAUGUCGAGCUAUCUUCCAUCAAAAAGGUCCAUCUGUAUAAGUCAACCGGAUUCUUCCCUUUUCUGCUCAUGAACAAACUCCCUGCUUUGGAAGAGAUUACCUGGGAACAUCCCUUCUGGAGUGAGCCUCGCUUGUUUAAGGAACUCAAGGCCAUUCGCAGCAAUUUUCCAAAUAAUAAAAGUGACUGGGCGAGCAUUAUACAACUGACCAAUAGUAAUGGAUCUCUGACUCUAUUCCUGGAUUUGGCGAGACGGCAUCUGAUCGACCCCUUUAAGCGCAUAAUAGGCUGA